UGCUUGUGGUAUCAGGUUUUUGCAGAGCUCAACACUAUUUCACCCAGGAUCGGAUCGGUGUGUGUGCGUGUGUCUCCGUGUGUAUGUGUGUCUUCCGUCCCGUGAAGCGUUUAUAGUGCCGCACCCUGUCCUCUGUGCGUAAAACCUCCCACGUACAUCAUCAUCACACACCACGCUUCAUUCUUCCAGCAGCUCGGGACGAGCGGAGGGUAGCGGCUCACCUCGCGGACAGGUUGGACUCAGAGAUGGGAGCGGAGCGGCGCCUUUUCUCGCUAUGACACGGACACACCGGGCGGGAAGGAUGGCUCUAACCAGCCGGGAAAUGUUGUGCUUGAUCGGAACCGCCUGCCUCUGGCUGCCGUUGUUGGCGGAGGUGGUGGCUGAGGACAGUUACUUAAACGAGGUGCAGAACUCAGUGCCUCUGUCCUGCUCUGAGGGAUUCACAGAAUUGGGAUACUACAAUGGCACCGUGUCUCAGACGGACUCUGGCGCCCCCUGUCUGAAGUGGACUGAGUUUCCAGACUACGUCAUGCAGUACCCGGGCCGAGGGCUGGGCGACCACAGCUACUGCAGGAACCCGGACCGAGAGUCCAACCCCUGGUGUUUCUUCAGACAAAACUCUGGAGCCAUCGGAUGGGCCUACUGCGACUGCCACCAGGGUGCGGCACGUUUGGUGGGCAGCUCAUCCUCUGGCAGUGGUCGUGUUGAGGUCUACCUGAAUGGCCAGUGGGGGGCAGUGUGUGACUCUCACUGGUCAGACAGAGACGCCAGUGUGAUCUGCAGGCAGCUGGGCCUGGGGGACAUCGGUACGGCGCUGCAGCACUCGCAGUUAGGCUCAGGCUCUGGCCUCUUCCACUACGAGCGUCUGGGUUGCCGCGGUGACGAGAACACUCUGAGUAAGUGCCGGAGCAGGACGUUCGUCACUGGUGACUGUAGCCAUGGAAAUGAGGCAGCAGUGGUGUGUGCGCCACCAGAAGGCAGUGGACCGCCGCUGCGAUUAGUCGGAGGCGAGGAAGACUUUGAAGGUCGAGUGGAGGUGUUUCACGCAGGAAGGUGGGGCUCCGUCUGUGACGACCAGUGGGACGACAGAGAUGCUGAGGUGGUGUGCAGACAGCUGGGUUUCAGUGGGGUGGCGAAGGCCUGGUCAUGGGCUCACUUCGGUCAGGGUUCGGGUCCGAUUCUGCUGGAUGCUGUGAAGUGCACCGGAAACGAGCUCUUCCUGGAGCAGUGUCCCCAUGGUGACUGGGAGCAGCACAACUGUGACCACAUGGAGGAUGCUGGGGUCUCCUGCAGUCCUUAUACAGAUGGUGUGGUGCGUCUUGUUGGAGGAGACAGUCCAUGGGAAGGUCGGGUCGAAGUUUUCCAUAACGGCGACUGGGGGACAGUGUGUGACGACCACUGGACCCAGCAGCAUGCAGAGGUGGUGUGUAGACAGCUGGGCUACAGGGGCCACGCUGAGGUCGUCUCGGACGGGGCGUUCGGCGAGGGCGUUGGGCUGAUCCUCCUGGACGACGUCCACUGUGAGGGAUCAGAGACCUCCCUGCUGGACUGUCCACACGGGAUCUGGGGCCGGACUGACUGCUCCCACAGUGAGGACGUCGGCGUUCGCUGCAGGAGCCGAGCCAGCCAAGAAACCAAUGACGUGCCGGUUAUCGCACCUUCCACAGGUCCCCUGGUGCGUCUUGUGGGUGGCAGCAGCAGAAAGGAGGGUCGAGUCGAGGUGUAUCUCCAUGGUGACUGGGGAAGUAUUUGUGAUUCGGGCUGGAACGACCUGAAUGCAGUGGUGGUGUGCAGACAGCUUGGACACAGUGGUGGGGCGGUAGCGGCCGGAGGGUUCGGGCAGGGGAAGGGGCCCAUCCACCUGGACCAGGUGAGGUGCACAGGGAAGGAGGAGUUCCUGGGAGAGUGUCCCUCCCUGGGCCAGAGCAUCCAGGGCUGCAGACGCAGGGUGGAUGCAGGGGUGAGGUGUGAUGUCACGCCGCAGAAGUCAGCGGUACAAGCCAAGCCUCAAGAGCUGAGCUGUGGGCUGAGGAAGCUGGUGGAGGAGGAGAGCAAGAGGAGGAACCAAGGGCAGGACAGCAUGCUCAGGACCACGUGGCCAUGGCAGGUGUCAGUGUGGCUCCAGUCUCAAGAGCAGGAUGAGAGUCCUCUCUGUAGCGGCACUCUGAUCAGCCCCUGCUGGGCCCUGACGUCUGCUUACUGUGUCAGCAGGUUUGGCAGCGACCCGUCCAGGUACAUGGUACGUGUCGGGGCUUCAGAGCAGACUCUGACCCCAGAGCAGAUGGUGGUCCACAGGAAGUUCAAGGGUCAGAGUGGAGGUCAUGAUCUGGCUCUGUUGAAGCUACCCAGCACCAAGGGUCACUGUCUGACCUUUGAGCACAACACCAACGCAGCAUGCCUUCCUGCCACUGACGCAGCAUCAGUGGGAAGUUCUCCGUCUUCUUGUGUCGUCAUGGUAACCACUGGCUGGUCAGGACCAGACUCAGUCCUUGCAUCCUGGGUCCCUUUGAUGUCGUCAUGGCAAUGUAAGAAGCGCUAUGGCGACAGCUUCUCCAGCCACGGCACCCUGUGUGCCGGCAGUCCUCCAGACACCAGCCUCCUCCAUGGCGACAGUUGUCAGGGCAACUCUGGAGGCGGGCUCUUGUGUCAGGGGGAGACGGGCCGAUGGGUCCUCACCGGGGUUGUUGCCGGGGGUUACGGCUGCGCCGACCCCUCCUCUCCCGCGCUCUACACUCGUGUCAGCCGCUUCAGGAGCUGGAUCGAGGAGGUCAUCAACACACGAGCACACCCAGAGGAACCACACACACACACACAAGAAGAUCUGAAGCGCGCUGACAAUGGCCCAACACUCACACACGGCGAGGGUGAGGACGAAUACGUCCACGUGCACGGCAAGCUCAAACACACACAUGAUCAACAAGAAACAAAUGAAAUCAAUUAUAUCAAACACACACACACUCAUCACUCACACACCAACCAGCACGCUAACACACACACUAAAAGCACACACACCCAGCGUGUAGGGGACGCCGACACAAACACACAGAUUCUGGUCUGAUCGAGGCCGUGCCAUUGGCUUACCAUCUGUGCCAUGUGACCGCCUGAGGAGGAGGAAGGAGAGUUAGAAGAAGACGAAGGUUAACUUUAAAGAAAAGCGAGACGCUCCUAACGUAGGUCUGUACAAACGGCCGUCUCUGUGCUCAUUUCAAAUCAGAACUCCGUGUUGUGUUUGCGGUUGCUAAUCGUCGGAUGAGUACAGCAGUGUGGGCAGACCUCCCCCGAGCUGCCGGGAUGACCGUGUGCGUGGGUGAUUUGUGGUGCUUUACGUGUGAGUUACAGCCUGUUGAGAGGCAGAGCGACGACCAGCAGAGUCGGCAGCGUUUAGGUUGAGCCUGGCAUGCUGAUCGGGGCCUUUUUCACUGAUACUGAAAAUCAAAAAAAUCAGCAUGGCAUGUAUUUUAAGGACAAUAGUGUUUCAAAUAUUCUGGGGAAAUAUUUCUGAGACGGUCACACAAGAAUCUAUGCUAAAAUUCACCUAUUAAUGUGCAUCCUCUGUGUGUUUAGUAACAAAAACCGACAAACUAACCACCAGAACAUCUCGAUCAUCAUCGUCCCUCUGAGAUUAUUAACACAGAUCAAACCCUAAACUCCUGCAUCACAUGUGGGCGAUGUCGCUUUUUCCAACAGGGCUCGUCUCUUCAGGCUGUUGUCUUAUACCUUUACUGGUGAAAGUGCUGUUUAGACCCAUGACUAAGCUAUUUAACUUGGGACCAUACCAGUGACUCAUCAUGUUUUACUGUUCCCAUGCUGCAUGCUUUACACUGCUGCUGCUGGCUAUUUUAAAUCCCAAAGUUAAUUCGAAUCGUCACACAGCAGCACCUACAACCCUCAAACACAUCUGUGCCCUCAACCUAAGGUGUACUGGGUAUCUAUUAAUGGUAAUAUACUGUUUACUAGUAUCUAAUAGAUCAGCUGUAAGCAUUAAACAUGUGGGUUGCCAGGUUUAUAAUCACAGAUGGUUUAAUAAGCUCUUUGCUUAUCAGAAACAGAACUUUGUUAUUAAAGGUACACUUUGCAUGAUUGUCAAUUAUUGUUCGGAAACAUCCUCGCCAACCCCAGAUUCGCUCUCGUUUUGCCGCGCUAUAUUUGUGUUUUUCGGUGCUGUGUCUCUUGGAUGUUUGCACCUUACGGUACACACACUUAUAGUGGGUCAUGAGUGAUGAUUUUAGGAGGAGUAUAUCUUUAACAUUUAUAUUAUUAGCUUCGAUAUUAGAAAGGAACACUGCGACAGAAAUCGGAACAUAUGCACUACAUACUUCCUUCAAAAAAAUUCUCUCUGGAUAAACCGCAGUAUGUAUCUUUUCCGACACACUGGCACAUCACUUCCUAAGAGCCCCCUUGGCGGUUGGAGACAUGUAACCAUGGCAACUCAUGCCAACCUCAGCUCUACCGGCAAUUUAAAAAAUACUCUAAAAUACAUUACGUGUAGCUAAUCUUAUACGUACACUUAAACUGAAGUGUUAACGACCUUACAGAGUUAACUCAGCUGCUGUCUGAACAUUGUUGACGACUGCAUUGCAUUGUGGGAUAUUGAUGCCGGCACAGUGUCCAGGGCUGACAUGAUAUCAGAUUUCACUACACGAUAAUCGUGGCCAGAAGAGUUCACAAUAAAGAUAUUGUGGUAUCUAUGGAAAAUUAGCGAGGUGACGAAGGUGGUUCUCUUUUUACCGGGAUAAAUCACCGUGCUGGUCGAGCCAGAUAACGACAAGAUAUCCUGGGUAAGUUGACAGUUAUCGUCAGCACUGUAUAUAUCACGACACCCGUCACACUAACUGUUGGUUUCAAAGUACGGCUACUGUAAAAUCUCACGUACUGUUUUAGACAUAAGACACUGACUUUUAAUGACUCACCUACCGGAGAGAUAUUUCACAACCUGGCAACCCAAAUGUUGUUAAAGGCUAAAAACUGAGCUAUAAAACAAGUCGUUACUUGAAACUUAAAUAAUCCCUUUAGUAAGAAUGUCUGGUAACACUUUAUUUGAAUCAUCCGCCUACAGAGUUUAUAGAGUGUCUGUAACAUUUCAACAGCCUGUUAGUUUUUUCUGAGAACAUGUCAGUGUGGUCAUGUACUGUCACAUACUUUAUAAUUUGUUAAACAUCUACAGAAAAAAGAGAAACGGUUGAAUUGUGGUCGAACCCCAGGGUGGGGGAGCCCUUCUGUGUGGAGUUUACAUGU